GUCAGUCGAUUGUCAAUCGGUUUUACUUAACAACAGUAUUUGAAACUGCAAAACGAUGGUCUAGACAUUUAUUGUUUUUUUUUUCAACAUAUUGAACUCAAUCUAGUUGUUUCACUUCCUAUCAGUUUUCAGUUAAAUUGUUGACAAUUUGAAUGCCCAUUCAAUUUGUUGUUUUGAUUUGCUUGUUAUUGAUAAGAAACUUUAAUUGAAACGUAAAAACUAAUGAAAUUGGUCAACUAAAAAAGGCUCUCGGAAAUCGCCUAUGUUGCUUUUGCCUAAAACGUCAAUGUCAUUAGCAGCAUUGAAAUUCUACUGAUGCAAAAGCAUUGAAUUGUGAAUUGCUUUGACGUUCUAGGCUGAAAUUUCCGAGAGCCUGACGUAACAGGUGUUCAAAAUUAUUUAUACAAUCCAUAUCGAUAAUUAAAAUUUCCACUCAUCACUGCUGCCUCAAACACUUCAGUUUUAUCAACACAUCUUAAUUGUUCAGUUUUCGGAGAAAUAAUGCAAUCAUUUUCACGUUAAAGUCUUCCGCGCGCCCUUUUUAUAUCGAAGUGUAUAAAUACUUAGAUUUUUUCGGAAUAAAGCGAGUAGAAGGUGUGUUCAAAAUGAACAGAUUGAUUUUAUGGUUAUUAUGUGUGGCAGUAGCUGCUCGUGUGGUGAAGCCGGCAGCAAUAUUCAAUCGUGAUCCAAGCUCUAAAAAUGAUCACGUUGAAAGUGAUAUGGUUGAUCAAACCGAGGAAAUAUCGCGUGCACCUUUUGAUUUAUCUCAGUAUCAACGCAAACGCACCGAAUUACUCAAUUCCGAAAUGAAGGACGUUUUUGGAAGUGACAUCACAUUGAGCAAAAAAGAGGAAGCGGCCAACAAAAUUAUUAUGAAAGUGAAAAAAGAUGAGCUGAAUGUUGGUUUCCAGAAACCGCAUCUAUUCAAUCCAUCGCGACAUAUUUUCGAAGUCUUAGACGUUGUCAAGGAAUCGAAAUUGUUUCAAAUCAUACAAAAAAUGCCGAAGGGUGGAGUUUUACACGCUCAUGAAACGGCCUUGUGCUCGGCGGAUUAUGUGGUUUCAUUGACUUAUUGGCCGGAUUUAUGGCAACGAACGUCAAGCAAAAGUAAUGAAAUUGAAGAAUUCAAAUUUGCAAGCGAGCAACCGAAAAGCAUAAGCAAUGCCGAUGGUAGCAUAUGGCGCCGGGUAAAUGAUGUACGUGAUGAAAUGGGUGCUACAAUUUACGAUGAAUACGUACGCGGUCUGUUUACGCUCUUCGAUAAGAAUGUUGAUCCUAGAAUACAAUUCAAAGACAUAAACGCCGUUUGGAAACGAUUCAUGGUCAUUUUCAUCAAAAUUGCUCCAAUCUUAACAUAUGUACCAGUUCGCAAGGCAUAUUACAAGCAAGCACUAAAGCAGAUGUAUGACGAUGGCGUGCAAUAUUUGGAAUUCAGGGGUAGUUUGACCAAGCUCUAUGACUUAGAUGGGAAUGAUUAUUCGGAAACAGAUAUUCUCGAUAUCUAUAUUGAGACGUUGGAUGAGUUCAAACGAGAUAAUCCACUAUUUAUUGGCUCAAAACUCGUCUACGCGCCCGGAAAACAUGUGUCAAAUGAAAUAGUUCUCCGCUAUUUCGACGCUGUGCGUCGAUUGCACAAGAAAUACCCUCGAUUUUUGGCCGGAUUCGAUUUGGUUGGACAAGAAGAUAAGACUCCUGGUUUGUUGUCAUUUGCUGAGCAAAUUCUAAAAUUACCUGCCGAUCUGGAAUUUUUCUUCCAUGCUGGUGAAACCAACUGGUUUGGGAGCGUCGACGAGAACUUGAUUGAUGCGGUUUUGCUUGGUAGCCGUCGUAUUGGUCAUGGAUUUGCAUUGACCAAGCAUCCAAAACUAAUUGACCUUGUCAAAAGCAACGAUAUUGCGGUCGAGGUAAAUCCAAUUUCCAAUCAAGUGUUGAAAUUGGUCGACGAUUAUCGAAAUCAUCCAGCGUCGGUGUUUAUGGCGCAAAAUGUGCCCAUUGUUAUUUCGUCAGAUGAUCCAUCAUUCUGGGAGGUGUCACCGCUAUCGCACGACUUUUACAUAACUUUUCUUGGUAUUGCAUCGCGUCACAGUGACUUGCGAACACUGAAGAAGCUCGCAAUGAAUUCCAUUCAGUACAGUUCGUUGAAAGGCUUCGAAAAACUUGAGGCCUUCAUAAAAUGGGAAAUCAAAUGGGACAAUUUUAUCGAUGAUUUGAUACAAAAUCAAUGAAAAAAAAAAAAUAUAUUUGCAAGACAAAUCAAACCAAAGAAAACUUAGUUCAAGACACUUUAGGAUAAUGAUUGAAUAAAUGAUGCCAUCGAUUCCUUUCGAUUUGA